GUUCUACCACCCAGUAAAGUGUGGUGGGUUGUUUUUUCACUUUCUCUUUCGCCCCUUAUUACCCUCGGAAUCAAUUUUUUCGGCAACCUCUUUCUCACAUAAUUUGAAUGCUUUCAGACCAAAGAAAUUAGUUCUUUAUUAAUUAGCUUAUGCUCUUCUUCUACUUCUUCUUUUGCUUGAUCUAUUGAUUGAGAUUUCGAUUUCAGUAAAUGGGAUUGCAGUUUGGAUGUGAGCCAGAAGGGGUGCAUUGGGUCAAAGAGUAAAUGGAUGUGAACAGUACCGGAAUAUCACGAAGUAUUGUUGUUUCGUAUAAUUAUUUUUUUUUGUUUUGUCAAUUAUUUUUAGAAUACGAUAUUGUCGAUAUCGGAAGCGAUUGCAUCCGGCGAGUAUGAGUGUCAUUGCACGGAGCUUUCAAAUGAUCUAGGUGAUGGCUGAAUUUGUCCAUGAGUUGUUUUUAAGCAGAAGGCGAAGGCUGCGCUGUGUUUUGUAAACCCUAGACCUUUGUUUUUGUGCCCCAAGCGUGGAUGAUUCACUAGUAAUUGAAAAGAGAGAGAAUUGGAGAAGAAGUAGCUGCGAGGCCCAUUGCGAAUCGAAUGCUGGCGUAGUGGUGUCACUGUUGUGGAAGAGGCACAACGCAGCCAGGCGGAGCAGGUGGCAAUUGUCGUUAGUUCGGCUUCUGUGUUUAUCAAUGAUAGAAACGGAAGUGGAGUGGGAGGUGACAAUCAACCGGAUUUGAUGUCUUGUGAAGAUCCAAUUGCUGUAGCUGCAGCAGAGAUGGGAGAAGUGGGUGGAGUGGGACGAGAAGAAUCUCUGAUAGAUGAAGAGAUCGUCGCCAACUCGAUGGAAGCUGAAUCCGCUCCUGCUGCAGAAGUUGCGAAAGAAAAUGCGAUGAUUCGAACGGAGGAGGAAAGAAUAUUAGACUUGACUAGCUUCCAACUGCAAGAUUUGACAGACGUGGAUUUGCCUCUCUAUAUCGAGGAAUUGGAUUUAACAACUAAUCGCCUCACCUCCAUUGACCCUAGAAUUGCCAAUCUGUCGCACCUUCAGAAAUUGAGUUUUGAACAGAAUUUGCUCGCCGAUGAUGCAGUGAGUGUGUUGAGUCCGUGUACAGCGCUAAGUGAUUUGAAGGAACUGGUGCUGCGCGACAAUAAACUGCUCAAAAUACCAGAAUUGAGCAAUCUUGUGAAUCUAACAUUGCUGGAUGUCUCCUACAACAAAGUGUCGUCUAUGAACGGCAUGUCUGCCAUUUCUUCGUCAUUAACUGAGCUUUAUUUAUCGAAAAAUGAAAUUGGGAAAAUUGAAGAGAUCGAGCAUUUAACGAGACUGCGGGUUCUUGAGCUUGGCUCCAACAGGAUUAGAGUUAUGGAGGGCCUUGAUCAGCUGAAAGAGCUGCAACAGUUGUGGCUGGGGCGCAAUCGCAUUCAGAGUGUAAACUUGUGCGGCUUAACUGGUCUGCUUAAGAUUAGUGUUCAGAGCAACCGGCUGUCUUCAAUGGCGGUAUUCCAGGAAUGUGUGAACUUGACAGAGCUUUAUUUGAGCCAUAACCAAAUAUCUGUAAUGGAAGGGCUCUCAACACUUCAAAAUCUUCGUGUGCUGGAUUUAGCAUCAAACAAAAUAACAGACAUUAGCAACCUUGAAAAGCUCACCAGGUUGGAAGAUCUGUGGCUUAAUGACAACAGUGUUGCUACAUUGGAUGACAUUGAGAUGAAGUUGGAAGGGUGUAAGAACUCUCUUACCACUAUCUACCUAGAGCGAAACCCCUGUGCCCAUGAUCCCAAUUACAUUCGCACAAUGAGAGCCAUCCUUCCCAAGCUGCAGCAGUUGGACUCCCACCUACUUCUACAUUAGAGGCUUUAAAACGAAGCACCACUUGUCUUUUUGAUUCAAGUGAGGUUUUAGAUCAGGAUAUUACACCCCAUCAGAUUUAGAUAUGAUAUUGCGUUGGUCGGUUCUGAGAUUUAUCGUCCUGAAGAUCGACUUGCUGCCGUUCUACAAAUGCUUUUGAGGCAUCAACAUGUAAUCAGCUCCAUUAUUUUUUUCCACCUAA